GUCUGACAUCAAGCCCCGUUCGUGGUGUAGAGAGAAGAGAAGAGUAAAGAGGAGAGGACUGGUAGAGAGAGUGCCACAAUCUGACUGCAAGCAUCGAUAGAAAUAACGCCACAUUUCCAUAAUUUCCAAAUGAAUUAUCAUCACAUGCCUUCGACUGACAACUGACAACCUGAUCUGAGGGUCUCUAUCGGAACACAGAGUCUUCCUCACGGGCUGUGGUCGGGAGCCCUUCACACUGCCAGGAGAUCACGUUAAGUCAUGGCGCAGACAAACAGUUAUCGUCAGAGCAGCAAUGGAGUGGCUGAUGAAUCCCCCAACAUGCUGGUCUACAGAAAGAUGGAAGAUGUCAUCGCUCAUAUGCAAGAUGAGACAAAUGGAAUUCCUGUCCGCACAGUCAAGAGUUUUUUAUCUAAAAUCCCAAGUGUUUUUUCAGGUUCUGACAUUGUACAGUGGAUGAUCAAAAACCUGAACAUUGAUGAUCAAGUAGAAGCACUCCACCUUGGCACUCUGAUGGCAGCCCACGGCUACUUCUUCCCAAUUUCAGACCAUGUGCUCACACUGAAGGACGAUGGAACCUUCUACAGGUUUCAGACUCCCUACUUCUGGCCAUCUAACUGUUGGGAACCUGAGAACACAGACUAUGCUGUUUACCUCUGCAAAAGAACAAUGCAAAACAAAGCCCGCCUGGAGCUGGCUGACUACGAAGCUGAGAGCUUAGCCAGACUACAGAGAGCGUUCGCCAGGAAAUGGGAGUUUAUAUUUAUGCAAGCUGAAGCACAAGCAAAAGUUGACAAGAAGAGGGACAAAAUUGAGAGGAAGAUUCUGGACAGUCAAGAGAGAGCUUUCUGGGACGUACACAGACCAGUGCCUGGAUGUGUGAACACAACAGAGGCCGAUAUCAAGAAGUCCUCAAGGAUGAAGCAGCCUCAUAAAACAAGAAAGUCUGUGUACGGCCUCCAGAAUGACAUCCAGAGCCACAGCCCCGCCCACACCCCCGCUCCAGAGGUCAAAGAGCCCACGGAGGAGGAGAUACGUGACCAGAUUCAACACUGGCAAGCCCAACUAGACAGGCAUCGGUUAAAAAUGUCCAAAGUGGCAGAAAGCUUGCUGAGCUACACAGGGCAGUAUGUGGAGUAUGACCCCUUCUUCACCUCCCCGGAGCCCUCCAACCCCUGGAUCUCUGAUGACAUCACCGUCUGGGAACUGGAGACCAGUAAGGAGCCGGGCCAGCAGAGAGUGAAGAGGUGGGGCUUUGGGAUUAACGAGGUGUUGAAGGAUCCUGUUGGGAGAGAACAGUUCCUCAAGUUUCUGGAGUCAGAGUUCAGCUCAGAGAACCUCAGGUUCUGGCUGGCGGUUCAGGAGGUGAAGAAGAGGCCGAUUCGGGAGGUCCCUACAAGGGUCCAGGAGAUCUGGCAGGAGUUCUUGGCCCCAGGGGCCCCCAGUGCCAUUAACGUUGACUCCAAGAGCUAUGACAAGACCACACAGAAUGUCAAGGACCCCGGACGAUACGCCUUCGAGGACGCACAGGAGCACAUCUACAAGCUGAUGAAGAGUGAUUCCUACAGCCGCUUCCUCCGCUCUACUUUCUACCAGGAGCUGCUACAGGCCAAGAAGAAGAAAAGUAAGAACUUAUUCUGAGGAACUCCACUUCCAGGUAAAGAUGAUU